UUAACAAUUGGCAGGUGAUUGAUUGAAUAUUUGACAGUUGUUCCGGUAUAAAAAUUAAACAAUUAUUGAACAAAAUUGCGAAGUUAAUUAAAGUUUUUAUACCGUUUAGAAGAAUGGCAUCUGGUGUAAUCCCUGAAAUAAAAAAUGUUGAUAUCGAUCCGUCUGGAGUUUUCAAAUACAUUCUUAUUAAAGUAAGCAGUCCUAAUUCGAGUGGAAAAAUGGAAGAUAAAUUGAUAGUACGUGGUUACGCUGAAUGCCCUUAUCACGCAGACAUUAAUGAUAAAGUCACCUCUGAUCUACAGAAAUUAAAAUCUAGUAAAGUCAUACAAGAUUGGCGAACUAAAGUUCUAGGUGGAGGUAGAAUACAACAUGAUCCACAGGAUAAUAAGAUACUUGUUUAUGGAUAUUCUCAAGGUUACGGAAAAGCUGAUCAUCAGUUGACUGUAGAUAUUUUAAAAACUGCUUAUCCAAAUUAUGAUAUAACUUUUUCUGAUGAAGGUUAUUAGAUAUGUUAAUGUAUUCUAUUUAACGCUAAUUUAUGCCUAAAAAUUUAGUUAUUUAUUAGGUUUUGCGAUUGUACAUGGUGUGUUCACAAAAUGCAAUAUUAAACUACGAAAUUUGUGUUUUAU